AUGCCAAAUUGUCAUAAUCAAACCUUUGUUAAUGACCUGAGAAUGAUGAUAUCUGCAGAUGAUACUGGAUUUCAUCCUGUGAAUAUUAGUUCACGACGUGCUAGUGAGCCACUACCCAUCUAUCUACCAAAUAAUUCUAAUUCUCAAGGCUUUGAAGCCGAAAAAAGUGACAUUUCCGAAGAAUCAAGACAAACCGCGCCUCAAUAA